CUCCAUCGUCGUCGUCGGCCGACAGGGCCACACAGGGCGCAUGGACGGCUGAACUCGAAAGCCCUGAACCAGACUUUUGUCUUUCUUUUGGUUUCUAUCUUUUUUUGCGCAGUCUCCUCUGAUACCUCUUGAGGUGUCACCAACCCCAGCUCAGAGCCUCGACGAACUCGAGAAUCUCACAUGAUCCCACAGCUCUGUCUCUAUCCGGACUUGUGCGACAAACACACAGAGCAGCAGUUCUACUGUAAACAAUUGCCCAACAAUGAAAUGCCUCGAGAAGCGGGAAGUGAUGCAACCAUCCGCUAGAUCGACUGCACCUUCGAUCCAAUUUGACAAUCGAUGGUGCAUGAAGGCCAGGGGUCUCCCGGCGACGGCCCUGGCGAGAUUGGCGGUGCAUGAGGACGGCCCAAUCCCAAGCCAGCUUGCGUCCCUCCAAGCUGUCCCAAUUCGAUCACCAAAGACACCAGGGUCGGCCAGCCCGGGGCAAGCCUGUGAGGGCUGGGGGACGAUGGUGGUCCACCGUGUUGACACAGGUGCGAGACAAGCAGGUUUAUUGCUUUAAGCAAGCCUGGUCCUCGUCACCACUCUCACAGCCCCCCUCUCUCUUUCUCAUCUCAUCCUCCCUCGAUGAUUCUUCACCAUCGUCUCUCCGCUUCUCUCUCUCAGGGUUCCAUCGCUUCACUUUAACCGCGUUGACGCUGCGGCACAGGAUUACGGCAUACUACCCACCCUGAGACAGUCGACCGUGAAGCGUGGUUAAGCGCCAACCACUCAGUCGCUGUUUGCUCAGAAUCACGGCGCUUCCGGGCCCUCUCCCAUCCCUUCCAUUGGCUACACGCCGCAUCCUCCAAUUCCCUGCGUCUACACGUUGCAUCCCAACAGCCUGCCACGCGAGGACCAACAAAGCCAUUGUUCCACUUAUAAGACGAUCCGGGAUCACCCACUAACCACAGCCCUGCCUUGCCUCCUCUGAGAAGAGACUCGCACUUGAGUCUCAGCCUUUGUGUAAUUCGGCAUGGAUCCGACCGCUACCCUCUUUACCUUUAUGUUGCAAACCCAUCCUUCAGUACAGACUGUACAUCUUAUUGGAUCCUGGGACAACUUCAACAAGCCAUACACAAUGGAACGCGACAGCAGACGGAACAAGGGUCAGUGGAGGGGGUGCCACAACUUUGAGGACAUCAUCUGUGAUGGCGAUGCUGGAAACGCCCCAAAGCGGAGUGGUGGACUCAAGAUGGGACAGACGUACUACUACUAUUAUGAGGUCAACGGGUCAUCCGAAGUUCACGAUCCCUCCUUGCCCUCGACCACCGCCUGCCCAUACCUUCCCGGCCAACCAGUCAACACCCUCUGGAUCCCAGUCGAGCAGUCUCUUCGCAAGCGUAGCGGGUCUUUGAACUCCCUUCGCUCAACCGACUUUAAGACCAUGGACCCUGCAGCCAAAUAUGCGAAGCUCAAGCCAGCCGCACCCAUCGUUGACACUGCCGCUGCACCUCGCCGCUUGGACACGGCGCCGCAGCGCAUGCAGCAGCAGCACAAGCGCUCAGCCCGCAGCAUCUCUCCCGGUUCGGGCUGGUCUUUCUCGCCGCGCAAGCUCUUCAGCCGCAAAACCAGCUCCUCUUCGCUCAAGGAGUCGACUCUGCCGCCAACAGCAAUGUCUGAUGAUGAGCGAGCCACCGCGCGCUCGGAGGGUUCCCGGUCGAGGGACAUCUCCCCCGAGUCUCUUCGUCGGUUCUUGGUGGAUGACGCCCCUUUGGAAGAGGAGCAGUCUGUCAACAACACACUAGCCAUCCCGGAGGACAUUGUUGAAGAAAACGAAGACGACGACAACUUUGCUACUUCGGCUGUGUCAGAGUUUAUGCAGUACACUGGGCUGUCUCCCCCUCCUCAACGGGGUGCUUCGCCCGCUCCUACUAUCGCCCCUGCCUCGUUUUCAGUAGAGCCGGUGGAAUUCCCUGGCUCGUCACCCCUCCCCGUCAGCAGGUUUAGCAACCUCCCUAAGCAACCUUCUCCUAUCGUCCCUGUUUCAUCGGGCCCUGGCGUCCUCCGAUCAAGGUUUACCACUGCACCACCGGCGGUGUCGGAGCCGCAAUCCCCUGACUCGGUCGGUGGCGUGCCCGGGUUCUACCACUCGGACAAUGAUGAUAUCGAUGCUGAGGAUGAUGAUGGAGAGGAGGAAGAGGUUGAAGAGAAGAAGAGUGAGGUGGCGGGGUUGGGAUCAAAGGUCAACAAGUCAACAUACAGCCUGCCAAAGACUGCGGGCACGGUGGGGGAUAAGCCGUUCGAGAGUGGACUUCCGAUGUUGGGGGGGUUGGGGGGUGGGUUGGUGGAUGAUUUGAGGGAGGAGUUGGGGUGGAUGGCGGAUUUUAUUACUGCUUAGAUUUAUCUAUCGGGCUUGGGGUCACAAAAAGGGGUUUUUUUUUUCUUUUUUUUGGGGGGUUGGAUUUGGCAUAGCAAAUGGAUAGAAUUGGGGUGGGUCAGCGUUUGAUAUUUAUAAAAAGGGGAGGCAAAGGGAGGGCUGGGACUUUCUUGGGAGGGAUUUUUUAAUGGGGUUUUGGUGUUUGGGGGGUAGGGGAAAUGAGGGUAUGACAGAACCUGAUUGAUGGGUGAUGGAUGGUAUGGGUUGAUAGUAUAAGGUGGGGGGAAUGAGAGGAGAGAGGAUAUAAUAUUUCAAUUUUAAGGUGAAAACCUGUUUUGAUGUUGCAGUUCGAGGUAAAAAGAAAAACACAAGAUUUUCUUUUUACCUCGAAUUAUAUCAUCAGACGGUUUUUUAUCUUGAUAUAAUCUACUACUGCCCUUACCACUGUGAACAUGACCAAGUUGGAAUAUAUGUAGACUCCAGAGUUGACACGCAUAGUCUCGGCAAUAUAAAAACAAA